AUGUAUCAAGUACCCCUGGUUUCCGCCAAUCUCGCAACGGUGCCCGUUCAGAGUUUCUUCUAUGGCGUGUUCUUCCUACUCUUCGUCACCUCGACGUACAAUGCACAGCUCAGUGUAUCUGAUAUGCGCUCUGUCUGGAGGAACUCUAUGUUUUCAGCCGGCAUUGAGAUGUUUCUACGCAUCACAGGGGUCCGUCUUUUCCGAUUCAAGUGCCGUAUUGACGAGGCGAGUGAUGCUGGCGCGUCGCCGCUCACCUUCUACUCUGACUUGGCCCCGAAGACCAAGGUUGUGGGCCUCUCCUUGGCAGACGUGACACUAGCCGUAGGAGAUGCAGCUCUAGUGAUUCCACAAUCCUUGUCCACCUCUUCAUGGAACUACCACAAACGCGUUGCUGUAGUUACCCUUCUCAUCUUUGCCACUUCACUCAAGGAUCCCCAUUAUGGAGCUGACCGCGAUGUCACCAUAUUCAGGCACGUAUUUGGCCGCUGGUGA